AUGUCAGGCUUGUAUCAAAUUCAAUCGAAUGCAAAUAUUGGUUAUUUUUUAACCGAGCAAGAUGGUAAAUUGGCUUUAACAAAUGACAAAAGCUCAUCAUACACUUAUUGGUACUUUCUCAAUCCGUACACUGAUUCCCUGAACCCUUAUUUUGAGAAUUCCGAUUUCAAGCGUGCUCGUGCUAUCAUCAAUUCGGUUUCGGGUAAAGCGAUUACCUACGGGACGAAGCCUGACAAUGAAUCUGCUUUGGAAUUGGUAACCUUCGCAUCUCCAAGCUGGAAAGGAUUUUAUUGGCAGGUUAUCCAAGGCACAGAUUAUGUAGUUGUCGCCAGUUGGAAUGUUCGUUAUUUAUAUAACGUUUUGAACCAAUCUGCAAUGUUAAAACCAUCCGCAUUGAUAGAUCAGGGAAAAGAUGAAACUGAAAAAGAAUUUAAAUGGCGACUUGUUUUUAAAUAUAACAAUCCUAAAUUGUAA